AUGGGCACCAAUGGAGAGAGGCUGGGCCGCCUCCAGGCAGUCAGCAAAGGAUGCAGAGCCUGGGGCUGCUUGGGGCAGCCCGGCCACCUCCUGGAUCUCAGACCUCCUUUGGAGUCUGUCUGGGGGAGACGGGGGCAGACAGCGGGCACACCCAGGCGUGCCACCAUCACGGAGGGUAUAAGUAGGCAGCCUCGGGAACUGCUCUGCAUCCUGGUUCCAGAGCUGGCGGCACUCCUGCAACUGCUUUCAGCCACAAGCUGCGGGCAGUGUCGUGAGUUGCAGACAGCUCUCAUCGUCCUGCUGGAGCCGGGUCGGGGAGGCACGAGGUCCUCCUUUAGCCGCUUCAGCUCCUCUGGGGCUGGUGGAGGAGGGGGCCGAUUCAGCUCUACCAGUUGCUAUGGUGUGGGGAGCUCUGGGGCCUGUGGGAGGGGAGGUGGCGGCCGUUCUGGCUCCGGUUAUGGCAGAGGAUCUGGGCGUGGUUUUAGUGUUGGGAGUUUUGGUGGAGGCUUUGGUGGAGGUUCCAGGGGCUGCGGCAGGGGAGGCUUUGGCGGUGGUGCUGAAGGCGGAGAUGGGGAUGAACUUAAUAGCCGGCUGGCCUCCUACUUGGAUAAGGUGCAGACACUAGAGGAGGCCAAUACUGACCUUUAGAGUCAGAUCUGGGACUGGUACAAAAGGCAGGGGCCCAGGACCGUCCAAAAGGAUUACUCUUGUUAUCAUGACCCCAUCCGGGAUCUCAAGAACCACAUUGUGUACAUCACAGUGGACAACAAGAAGAUUCUCCUGGACAUCGACAACAGUCGCAUGACCCUGAAUGACUUCAGGAUGAAGUUUGAGAUGGAGCAGAGCCUGCGGCAAGCGGUGGAGGCUGACAUAAAUGGCCUGCGGAAGGUGCUGGAUGAUCUGACCAUGCAGAAGUCUGACCUGGAGAUGCAGUAUGAGUCUCUGUGGGAGGAGCUCGUGGCCCUCAAGAAGAAUCAUGAGGAUGCGAUGCACCAGCUGUGUGGGCAGGGCACCGGGGAUGUCAGUGUGGAGACGAACGCUACUCCUGGCAGAGAUCUCGCCAAGAUCCUCAGUGACAUGCAGGAGUAUGAGCAGCUCAGUGCUAAGACCUGAAGGGACAUUGAACAGCAAUACGAGACUCAGAUGAGCCAGAUUGAGCAGGGGGUGACACUUUGUGGCCAGGAGGUGACAAGUUGUGGCCAGGAGGUGACAGAGUCCAACAAAAAGGAGGUGACCAAGCUUCAACACAGUGUCCAGGAGUUGGAGUUUGAGCUGCAGUCUCAGCUCAGCAAGAAAUUGGCCCUGGAGAAAUCCUUGGGAGACACAAAGAACCGCUACUGUGGCCAGCUGCAGCAGAUCCAGGAGCAGAAGCUGGAGGCCCAGCUUGCUGAGAUCUGGGCAGAGACUGAGUGUCAGAAUCAGGAAUACAUCAGUACCAAGAUGUGGCUGGAGCAGGAAACCAAGUUCUACCGCAGCCUCCUUGAGGGUGGCCAGGAGGACUUUGAAUCUCAUGCAGCUGGACAAAUUGGCUUUGGAGGUGGCAAAAGAAGUGGAUCUCAAGGUGGAAGUGGAGGCAGUUACGGAAGAGGCCAGGGUGGAAGAGGAGGCAGCUGUGGAGGAGGAAGAGGAUCCAGGGGUGGAAAAGGAGGCCGCUGUGGAGGAGGAAGUGGAUCCAGGGGUGGAAGUGGAGGCAGCUGUGGUGGAGGAAGUAGCUCUGGAGGAGGACGUGGAAGGACAUCCCAGCCCCCGUCCUAUUCCUCAAUACUGGUGGCUGUGAUACACGAGACUGAGAUCACUGGGAUUAUCGGAGGGGGUUCCUGUGAAACUGAAAAUAAAGUUCAAGGGGACGAGCCACCACCAUCAGCAACAAAUAAAACCCAGCAGCGACAGUACAGUGUGAGGUUAAAAGAUGGUGAGGAAAGAACUGAGCAGUCAGAGAUGCAGAAAGGGGAGGGCCGCAUCCCGUGGCAGGGCGGCGAGUCCCCAUGCGGCCUCCAGGGGGCGCUGUGGCACCGAGUUGGCCUGGUCCUGGGCGCCCGCCGCACAGGCCCUGCUCUUUCCGAAGCCGUGGCUGGCUGCGGGGCGGACACCACCGCCUCCUUCCGUGGCUCAGAUGCCAGCCUCUGA